AUGCAGGUCAACUCGCUCUUGGAGCGCAUGCGAAAGGUGCGGCAGGAGAAGGCCGCCGCCGCUGCCGCCGCUGCCGCCGCACCACCAGCAGUGACCAACGCGAUCACCACCGUCUCUGCUGCAAACGCCGCGAGCAGAGACGCACCCGUGUCGAGCGUCGCUGACGCGGAUACCGCGGGUAGUGGCGGCGGGGUCGUGUCGUCAUCGUUGCUGACGGGUGUGACGGUGCCGGCCCCGCCGCCCGUGUUCGCCUCUCCGUCCUCGGCGCGGCUUGAGUACCGUGACAACGCAAAGGAUCCACUCUGUGUGUCCUUCACAUGCGACAUGGUCGUGCCGGUCCUCAACACGCUCCUCAGCGAUCACCAGCGCGGUUCACCGUCAACGGUUGCCGCUGCUGCUGCUGCUGCUUCCGAAAGCCUUAAUGGUGCCGUGGUGCCCAUGAUGAAGGAAGCGGUUGACAGCAUUGACACGACUGGGGGCGAUGCCCGUGACGUGAAUACGUCGAGCAGUGCUUCUGCAAAGAUCCCGGGCGCCGGCCGUGACAGCAGCGGGAGGGAGAGCCACCCUAUUGUGGUGGCGAAGGCUGUCGUACGUCUUCGAGAGGUGCUGGCAGCGCAAGGGCCUCCGCCGAUGCCCCAGAAGACGACAGUGGAGAGCGCGUCAUCCAGCACCACCGGCACUGCCACUGCUGCUGGCGCGUCGGUCUCUUCUCUUCACCCAUCUAGCGCUUCCUUGUUUGAUGAUGCAGCGUACAAUACUGCCUGCGCCAUGGCCCGCGUUGAUGUCUCCGGCGCCGUUCGACCCAUCUGCCGGGAUGUGAACUACUACACUCGCGUCGGCCGCAUCUCACAGGGUGUGUACGGCGUCGUCUUCCGCGCGGUCACCACGGCGGACUACGAGCGGCAGCAUCGGCAACAAUCUCGCCACCGCGUGACUCGACAGGGCUCAGCCGCCUCGUCAGCCGCUCCACCGCGAGCGCACGUGCGCACAUAUGCUCUGAAGCACAUAAAAAAGAUGUGGCUAGAGGACUCGCAGGUGGGGCUUCCGCCGUACUUGAUGCGAGAGAUCGAUCUGCUGCUGCGGUUGCAGCACCCCAACAUCAUGGGUGCGCUGGAGCUCGUCUUGCUAGACCCGACGCCGGUCCCGCGCCGCCUGGAAUCACCACCCAAAUCGUGCUCGUCCUCCUCGUCGUCGUCGGAGUCACCCCCCUCGUCCUCGUCGUCGGAGUCGCCAUCAACCGAGCAGCACACAGAGGAGGCCGUGGUGUGCGAUCGCGCCCUUCGCCGGCUUCGCUCCACGGCGGAGGACACAACGGGGCAAAGCUUAGCGAAGAAGGAAAAGAUCGACAACGCCGAAGAGCCACUGCCGCAGCGGGAGGAGGCCCGCCCCGCCACGCAAGCUCAAACUACAAGUGAGAAAGGCACUGCUCAGGACGCUGCUGUCACACGACCGCUGGCCGCCGUCGGCGCUGCAAGCAAGGCGAAGGACGUCUUCCUUGUAAUGGACUACUGUCCCUACGACCUGGGGAGCUACAUGCGGCGGUACGCGACUGUGGCAGAGCUGCACGGCGACGGCGGCGACUGCAAGUCUUCUUAUGCGAGUGCACAGGUGCCGUACUUCCACAUCACCCCACGCAACGCGCAUCCGCAGGCGGCGGUGAGCUACGUGGCACGCGCCAAGUCCAUUGUGUACCAAAUCUUGCGCGCCGUGGCGUUUCUGCACGACAGCCGCAUUCUCCACCGCGACCUGAAGACGUCGAACGUGCUGCUUGGCGAGGAUGGCUACGUGAAGGUGUGCGACUUCGGCCUUGGUCGCCUCUACCGUGAAGGCCAGGCGCUCACCCCCACCGUUGUGACGCUCAUGUAUCGCGCGCCAGAGCUGCACUUUGGUGUCGUUGACUACUCUCAUAAAAUGGACAUCUGGUCGGUCGGGUGCAUCUUUGCCGAACUCUUCCUGCGACGCCCGCUUUUCCACGCCUCGACCGACAGUCACCACCUGCUGGCCGUGUGUGAGGUGCUAGGUAUUCCGACGGAGGAGUCGUUCCCUGGUUUGUAUCACCUUCCCCAGACGAAGACAAUGAUGCAGUCGCUGCCGCGCUGGAACCGCACGUCGCGGCUGGCGAGCCUCUUCCAACGUGGCGCUGUCCUCCCCACCGUAGCGCACGGCGAUGUUCCGGUGGCGGCGGAGGGUGCGCUGUUGCCUGAAAGCGGGGUGGAUCUGCUCGCGUCGGUGCUGCAGUGGAACCCGCGCCGCCGCCCAUCUGCCGCCGAGGCUCUGCAGCAUUCAUUCUUCAAGGAGGAACCGCUGCCAUGUGCGCCGGCAGAGCUGAUGAAGCCGAUGCCGUGGAUGGAUGCUGCCACUGUUGCUGGUCAUGCCAUGCCCGCCUCAGCACUUGUUCGCGAGGAUCGGCGCGAUCAGCCUGGGAGCCGGGGGUCUCAGGAUGGCCCUUCCACGACAAUGCAGAUGGCACCAGGUACAACUGGACGGCCGUCUUCGGCGACUGUACCACCAGCUAUGCAGCAUGUGGCAGACAUUCCCAGCGGAGUGGAGGUGACUGUCGGAGCCGUCUCAUCGGCGUGUGAAGGUGCGACUGCUGCAGCGCCGCUGGCGAGCGCCUCACCAAAUACGUUCCCUGGAAGCAGCCGUAACGUUGUCGUGAGCGACAUUGUUGGCGACCGAUACCAGCAGGCCAUCGGUACCCGUGACUACAGCGGCAGCGAUGGGGACCUCGCAGAGGAGGACGAAGGGGAGCAACGGCUGCAGCUGCACACGCGGCGCAGCACGCGGGACCAGGCCGAAGAUGAUGACGACAGUGAUGCAGAGGCGGAGCGAGUGGGGCGACAAGUGCGGCUCCUCGCGAGCCAAGACCGAGAUGCGUGA